CUGACUUUGGAGCAGUUUGCGCAGCGGCUGUGCCCGGCAGUCUGGAGGGGUGGGAGAGGAAGCCACCACCUGGACCCUGCUCUCUGGACCUUGGCUCUUUCGGGAGCGGAAACAGCGGCAGCCACAGACACACAGAUGAAUGAUUCUCACCCAGAAACAAACAUGCCAGUUGGGUAUCCGCCUCAGUAUCCACCAACAGCAUUCCAAGGACCUCCAGGAUAUGCUGGCUACCCUGGGCCCCAGAUCGGCUACCCACCCCCACCAGCUGGCCAUCCAGGUCCUGGGCCAGCUGGCUUUCCUGUCCCAAAUCAGCCAGUGUAUAAUCAGCCAGGUGGAGCUGCAGGGGUACCAUGGAUGCCAGCACCACCGACUCCAUUAAACUGCCCACCUGGAUUAGAAUAUUUAAGUCAGAUAGAUCAGAUACUGAUUCAUCAACAAAUUGAACUUCUGGAAGUUUUAACAGGUUUUGAAACUAAUAACAAAUAUGAAAUUAAGAACAGCUUUGGACAGAGGGUUUACUUUGCAGUGGAAGAUACUGAUUGCUGUACCCGAAAUUGCUGUGGGCCAUCUAGGCCUUUUACCUUGAGGAUUAUUGAUAAUAUGGGUCAAGAAGUCAUGACUCUGGAGAGACCACUAAGAUGUAGCAGCUGUUGUUGUCCCUGCUGCCUUCAGGAGAUAGAAAUCCAAGCUCCUCCUGGUGUACCAGUCGGUUAUGUUAUUCAGACCUGGCACCCAUGUCUACCAAAGUUUACAAUUCAAAAUGAGAAAAGAGAGGAUGUACUAAAAAUAAGUGGUCCAUGUGUUGUGUGCAGCUGCUGUGGAGAUGUUGAUUUUGAGAUUAAAUCUCUUGAUGAACAAAAUAUAGUUGGCAAAAUUUCCAAGCACUGGACUGGAAUUUUGAGAGAGGCAUUUACAGAUGCUGAUAACUUUGGGAUCCAAUUCCCUUUAGACCUUGAUGUUAAAAUGAAAGCUGUAAUGCUUGGUGCCUGUUUCCUCAUUGACUUCAUGUUUUUUGAAAGCAGUGGCAACCAGGAACAAAGAUCAGGAGUGUGGUAGUGGAUUAGUGAAAGUCUCCUUAGAAGAUCUGAAGUCUGUAUAUUGAUCAGGACUAUCUAAACUCAUACCUAUAUAAAUUAAGCUGUAAUGCUGGUAGCUCUGGUUGUAUACUUUUGCUUUGCAAGUUAUUGAGUUUAUCUUCUGUAUAACUGAUUUAUAAAGGCUUUUAUGCAUUUUUUAAUACUCACUGUGAAUUUGAGAAAAAGGACAUAGGAGUUUUUACAAUUGUUAAUGAAACUUUCUAUGAAAAACCGCUUUGAAUCAUGAUCUCUGAUUGUUUUACUACCAAAUAUUAAUUAAUGCCUUAUUAGUUUUAAUAUAAAUUAUAUUUCAUUCUAUUACAUCUAGUUACAAUUUA